GUGCAGGGCUAGUUACCGUCAUUAGAGACCCCCAAUAAACCUCCAGGCAAACCGCGUACUAAUGCACUGCCUAUUUCUUUGCAAGACUGGCCGGGCUACGGACGGAUGCUCCCGAACCGGAUACGAAAUCUGCGCUUUGCACCGGUUCGUUUCCCAAAAAAGAGAGCUCCCCCAAAAUAUAAGUUCUAAUUUGUAGCCGACAGAGCGGUGGCUCGGACUCACUUUGGACUUUGGUUGGUGGCUCUUCUGGCUGACUUGGUUGGUACUCGAAGGUAAGUGCAGGUAACUAGUCGGUUAUUUUAUUAACAGCUUCUAUAUUUCUGAAUUUCUCAAUAAAAAACUUACUACUUUAACAAAACUUCAACUUCUUUGUUUGGUUGGGAAAAUAAGUGGAGCUUCUCCAGCUUAAAUGAACUUUUUGUAAUAUAUAUAUAUCGUAAUUAUCGAGUGUGUUAGCGAGUUUAUACACAUUUUGUUAGUAUAAAUAGAUGUGUCUAUUUUGGUUAUUUGCCUUUUUAAACUAAGAAUUUUAUAUCAAUUCCUUUUGGGUGAGGAAAAUCCGGUUUUAAAAAAAAUCUUACAGCCAUGAAUACGUAUUUUUCUACCAUAAAAAUGGGUAUUAAAAGCAUAUUCAGGUUUAUCUGUGACAAAUAUGGUAAACUGUUGAUCAAAAAUCGAUAAGAUCUAAAUGGUUAUUUUAUUUAUGUUACUUAAAACGUGCCACCACUGAAUCUGUUAAGGGGGGUUUGAAAAGUCGAAACGGUUGAAACCCGGUAGCAGUAUCCUUUUUCUCGUUUUUAUGUGGCAACAGUAUUUAUAAUUUUGGUCGAUAGUCCAUAUCUAGUGAAAUUGAAGUCUAUUUUGACGUUUGAAUAAUUUUGAUUCGGCUACUGUCAUUUAAACUCUGGCCGACUUCAUUUCUGUGCCAUAGCUCCGACUGUUCGAAUUUGCUUUUCUUGCCCGACAUGGAUUUGAAUAAUUGUGCCACGGUUUCCUGCCAGCCAGAGGUAAGAUCUUCAAGGGAUUUAUCUCAUCCAGGUCUUAGAAACCCACAUUUUUGUAAGCAGUGCCAACUUGCCCGGAGCAGCAACUUGUCCAAUCCGGUGACCACUGCGAACAAUCCCAUGCCAAGUGGCAUCAGUGGAGCCGAAGCCGACGAGCACUUGCGCAAGAUUUUCAUUGGAGGUUUGUCCACCCAGACCACAGUGGAGUCCUUGCGUGAGUUCUUUCGGCAAUUCGGAACCAUUGCCGAUGCGGUGGUCAUGCGAGAUCCGGUGACCAACCACUCGAGGGGCUUUGGAUUCGUCACCUACGUGGAGGCCAGAGCCGUUGAAAAUGUCCAGAGGGCCAGGCCACACACCAUUGAUAGCAAAGCUGUGGAGACCAAGCGUGCUCUGCCACGCCAUGAGUUCAACAAGCCGGGAGGAGGUGGAACUCUAAGCCAUGGAAAUGGUGGCCUUGGAAUCGGAGGCGUCAAAUCCAACAAGAUCUUCCUGGGCGGUCUUAAGGACUGCCACGACGAGAAAGCCAUACGCGAUUACUUUUCGCAGUUUGGAGGGGUCACCAAUGUGAAAUUGCUUCUGGACAAGGACACUGGGCGUAAGCGAGGAUUCGGAUUCCUCGAAUUUGAGGAACAACUAAGUGCCGAACGGGCAUUGGCUCAAGGCAAGCACUCUAUCAACUUGACCACGGUGGAGGUGAAGAAGUCCACCCAGAAGCCGGAUCCGGGCAAACGUCUGCGAUUCCCCGUAAGCGGAUCGAUCCGAGCCGGAUACAUUCCGCCGCAGCCGCCAACGCUGGAGAGCUAUAACAGUAACUACAAUCCGUACCUGGCGCAGACCAUCCUGCCACCAUCGGCAUUCAUCAACGGUUGGGCUUCUUAUGUGACACCAAUGCCACCGCCGCAAAACACGUCCUCUACGCCGCCCGCCCCUCAGCAUCAUCUGCAGUCUCCGGUGCACACCUUUGGCGGAUACGGCCCAGAUGCAUGGUCCUCCUACCAGAAACCAGGAAAAUAUCCUGCCCACGAGUGGACACCUAGCAACGUAGGCGAAUGGCCUCCAAAGGCCGGGCACAAACACGCCCAGACCUCGACUAGCGAUCGUCCCAAGAUCGAUUAUAAGUGUGUCCAGCUGGCGCCUUCGGAUGCCAAAUUGGAUAUGGGGGCCAGAGGCGAUGCAGAUGGAGGAUCUGGAGUGGGAUUGGCACUCGGAUUGACAGGAGGAGCAUCAGUUGGAACUGGGACAACCAAGAAAUGGCCUACAGAGGACUACGAGGUCUUUAAGCCCGCUCAACCUCCAACCCCGCUUCUUAACCCAAAAAUUGGUAACGGGGGAUCACCACCAGCCUAUGGCAUCUGAGGUGACGAACAUUGGAUCGACCUUUUUCUCAAAUCCUUAACUAAUGGUAUUUUUUAAUUCAACGAUAUGUAUUCGGCUCCUUCGAGAGGAGAAAAAAUAAACCACACUAGACUUUUUGAGACUUAAAAUCGUAAACUCUUGUUCUUUAUUUAUACUAUUUUUGUUUUCAUUCAAAGUAUUGCAUGAGUGAAUUGAUUUGCGUAAUGUUUUAUAUCUGAAACGCUAUAAAACGCACCACUGAAUUAUGUCUGAGACAUGGGAUUUGGAGAUUGGAAAUACUUGGCUUGUGAUUGAUUAAAGUUAUGCAAGUUACUUUCAAAUGCUUAGCUUUGUGCGCAUCAAUUUCAUUUAAAUGCUGAAUGCUCAGUUUUUUCAACACAAAGGCAAUGGAAAUUGGAUUCAGUCGCAGGAAUCGCUUUGACUUGAUAGGUAAAAUAAACGUUAUAUCGUGGAGUCUGUGGUGUUUUCUUUUCUGAUAUCUUAUCUACGACUUAUUGGUGUUUUUUAGGAGUUAUCGCAUUUACCAGAAACAGAAAAGGCAAUCCGUUCGAUCAGAUAUAUUUAUUUUGAAUAAGAAAUGAAACAAAUUAUAAGUUUUCUGGUAAACACGCUGAAUCUUUGUGGUUGCUUUUAUUAUUAUUAGAAUUAUUUUGUAGUUGUAUACAUAUAAAUUAAAUUAUAAUUAAGUGUUUCCUCUUUUUUUCUUUAUUCUUUACAAACUGCAGUAUUGUGAUUUCUCGUUUUACUUAGAAAUGAGCAUGAACUUGAAUGUUUUUUUUUUUGUUUUACUCUUACAUAGAUUUAGUACCUCUGAUUUGUAUUGUAUUGUUUUGAUGCUGUUUUUUUUUGUUGGUGUUGACGAAUCACUUCCAGCACUGAUCGUUGAGCUAAGAUUUGAACACUAACAUUUUCGUUUUACAAAAAAAAUGUACUAAAAUUGCUUUAGACCCUGGUCACAGUGCUAAAAAUGUGUGGCUGGCAAACGUGAAUGGUGUGUGUGUAUGUACUAGAAAUAGUUGUAGAAAGUAAUUGAUUUAGCAAUUGAUUCUCUAGAGCAGGAGUCGACCAACAAAAACAAAUGAUAUGUUCCCAACGAAUCAAAAGUCCUUAAGCUUUAACAAAACAAGAAUAACUUAGGCAAAUAGUUGGACGCCUGCGACAAAAUUCAAAAGAUUCUUAAAUAAUUUUAAAUGUUUUUAGUUCCCCUCUUCGCUUUUCUGCCUUCUUCUUUUGCUGCAGCAGUUAUAUAAAUAUAUAUAUUUAUGUAUAUUUAGAUUUCUGGUAAGUCUAAAAGUUAACAUUAAAUUAUAUGAGUUUUUUUUAUUUAUAUAUAUAUUUGUAUAUAUUUUUUGUUACAUGUUUUGCUUGUUUUAUACCUUGAGAAAAAUGUUAGUAGCUUGCGUUUCGUCUUCCAACUAUUAUAAUAAGUUUUGUGUGUUUUAUAUGGUUCUCAUCUUCCUUCCAUUUUUUUGAGAUUUUUCUUGAUUUUAUUUAAAAAAUAUGUACUAAAUUUUAGUUCACAACUGCGUUGGAAACACCAAAUCGUUUAAGUUGCUUGACUUAGUUUGGUUUACGACCUUGAACUCAUUACACAGAACGAAAAAAGCGAAAACACAGUCCGUCCGUCCGUCCCUCAUCGAUCACAUCGACCACGCCCCCUGCUGCGGCGCCGGCACCGCAUUUGCCCUCUCACAAACUCUCCAUCUUUACAAUCUUUCGAUCCGAUUCCCUAUAUAGACUAGCUAGUUAAAUGUGUCUGCAAAUUAGAUUUAAAUAGCAAAAGGUUUACAGGCUCUAAAAUGCGGCGGACUUUAUGGGGCGCUAAACGUCGACGUUGAUGCGUUUGUUUUUUUCUUCCUCACUUUUCAUUAUUUUGCGGCUGGGUGCUGAAUUGAAUUUUCCUUUCGUUUUCAAUGUUUUUCAAGAGGUUUGUGUUCUUGUAUUUUUGCUUGAUCUUAUUGUUUUGCUUGCUUAACCGCGCCUUACAUUUUUCUCGUGUUACCAUUUUUUUUUUGUUUUUAUAUUAAUUUUUUCAAGUCUUUCUUUUGCUCUUUUUUAUUGCAUUUUACAAAGGUUUUUCAUUUUUUUGUUGUUUUUUCUAUUUAUAUCUUUUAGCUAAAUUGUUUAAGCUUUCCCUUUUAACUUCUUUUAUUUAGCUUAAGUAUUUGUGGUUAUUCAAUGAAAAAAACAAACGAAAAUGUGUUGCAUUGCUUCUUUCCUUCUUUUAAAAACCGAUUUCUCUCAUCUAGCAAACUAAAGUUAGAUUUUUUUUGAAAGUGAUUUGCCAAACAAUAGUUGAAAUUAAAGUUUACAUUUAUGCUAAGAUGGGUGAGUGUGAGUGUGUCUUCUGUCUGUUUGUGUUUGUUCGAUGAAUUUUUAUCUGAUGUGGAUGUGCUUGAUUGAGACUUAAACUUAAUACACGUGUUUCAUGGUAAAGGUGAUUCCGUGAAUGGGUGGUGGGUGGUAGAGAGUAGCAGUUGACGAGCUGAAGCUUUCUGUUUUUUGGAUUCACAACAGAGAUUUGCACAGAAUUUCGGUAUAUUUUGGCACGAACUGGCUGGAAAAAGCGAGCCUAACGCAAUUAAACUAAGGAGAGACCCAAGACGUUACUUUUUUUUUGUUUUAGCUCGACACCCCGAGUUGCGCUCAGGAACAUUUAAAGGACAGUUGACAGUUUUUGUUGCUCCACCUACUAUAUGUUUAGUGUGAUUUGCGUGUCUUUGUGUGUUUUAAUUGCAUGAGAUGUUUUUGAAUGUAAUUGAUUGAUUGCAUAGUGGAAGAAGUCGAUGUUCUUAACGUUGGGUUGUUGCUGUUCUUAUUUUUGUGGCUACUGCUGCUGCUGUUGUUGUAGAUGCUUUUGCUUUUGCUGAUGUCGUGCUGAGAAAUUUCUUUAGCGACGUCCGUAGUUGCCAC